AUGGACAGAAUCAAAUCGGCCAUAUCUUCCUCAUCAGAAGGUGCCAAAAAGCUCUCCAAGGCGUUCCGUGCCAAGACCGACCACUCGGCCCUGGGCGGUGGGUCUCGCUUUGGGAUGGGCAAUCCUUUUGCGGACAAUGCAGAUAGAGAAGACACCUCGCUACCUAGACUUCAUCUGAUCAUUCACGGCGUGGCUCUCUUUUUCACUCUCCUCGCAGUCUGCACUAUUGCAGCUGUGGCGGGCUUUCAGGGGAAAUGGUUUGGCGUCACUGGCGGUACCGGCUUCACCCUCUUCCUCGUCCUUCUCUCCUUUUUCCUCUCGGCUACGCUGCUGGGUAUCCCUCUCAUCUACGACCGAUGGGACAAAUUGAGGCGAUCCGCCCAAUUCCUAUCCCAUACCCGAUCACUCUUGAUUCUUCACGCUUUUGGCACCUUUCUCAUGCUGUUGGCGGCGUUCAUCGUUACUAUCUCUGCCUGGACAGCGAAAGGAUGCAAGAACGCAGACGAUGACCCGCAUGAGGACCUAGGAGAUGACUAUAAGAAUGGACUGGCAAGCUGGUGCAGGACCAAAAAGGCUUCGGCUAUAUUUGACUGGUUCUCGUUUGCCGCAUGGGCGGCUCUCCUGGUACUCACCGGCCUUGCCUUCCGAAAAGAACAGCGCAACAACCGCCGCGAUCCCUCCUUCCUCCCUCCUGAAACCAACGGCAUUUCCUACUCAAACAUUGUGCCCGAAGAAGAACGCUAUGGUGACAAACCAGACUCGUACCCUAUACAGGGUACCAUGCCCGCCACGAGUAACGACAGCCGCCGCGAAGAGCAGCCGUACGACCCGACGACGAAUUAUGGAUACUCGCAGCCCUCGCGUCCUGCGACGCAGCAGCAGCUGAGCAGGCCGAGUGUGGAUGCGUAUGGGGCUUUCGACGGGGAUGGGAUGCCUGGGGGUGAACAGCCUAGUCGGACAACGCAGAUGGCGUCGUAUUCGGAUCCUUAUGCCCAGAUACGAUCAUCACUCCAAACCGGACAGGGUCCUUCACAACCCGCCUACAGUAUACCUCCCGGUCCCCCUUCCUAUGCGGGAUAUCGACAGCACUGA